GUUCAGAUUUACAUGUGCUUCUUUUCACUUGCUGAAUGUGCCGGUCCAUUUUUUCCCCUCCUUCCCCUCCUUGGCUGAUGACUUGAUCACCCCCCCCACACACACACACACACACACACACACACACACAAACACAUUAUAUAUUAGGGAUAUUAGAAGUUUUUUUUCAGCAAGCAGCAGCCACUGCACAAAAUAGAAAAAGACAUCAAUAUUGUAGAAGUAGGGAACACACCACUAAUUUUGCUACUGAAAGUCCGACCUGCAUCAGAGUUAGCAUAACAUGAAACUGAGUGAAUUUGUUAACCUGCAAAACUCGAGUAGGCAGCUGCUUAGAAGUGUCCUCCUUUAUGCGUUUUCCACUGUCAACAUUAAUUAAACUGUGAGAAAUGUAGUGAACUGUUUCACCCCCUUUUCCCCAAUUUUACUUUUUAUUUUAUUUAUGUAGUCUUAAAGCAGCCCACAGCAGCUUUCAUUUUUUUUUGUUGAGUUUGGCUUUGCUUGUGGACAAAAGUAGUAGUGUUUUACCUCAAGGACGGCUCCAUUUUUAUUUUUUGUUAUUCCCUGACAAGGACGUUUUUUUCAGUCAUAUUUAAUUUCUUUAUUUAGACAGUGUUGAGUGUUCUUAAGACAAAUGUUUAUUUUUUUGCAUUCCUGGGUAGUAAAAGCUUGUAUUUAUGGUGUGAAUAUAAUUUAUGUUCAAAUAAUGCAAAUUAAAUUUGAUCAUAAAAUCCGGACAUUUUUUGUGGAAGUUUUCAAAAAUGUUUCGUUAAUAUGUUUUUUAAAACAAAUGUUUGAAUUAAACGGUGCAGGCUGAACCAAUACACAAAAAAGUAUAAGUCAAAGUUAUAUUUUGCAUUGAUCAUUAAUUUGCCCCGUCCCCAGCAAAAAAGUGUACAUAUCCUAUGAAUAUUGAGACCAAACCUAUGCCCUUGCUAACCACUGUUAAACCUCUGCAAAUUCUGAACAAAUCUCUAAUUGCUUACUUACUAUGAAAAAUGUCGGUAAACUACUGGCACUUUCAGUUUUCACAACCCCGGAGAACGUUGUCAUCUGUUUCACAGCAGAUGCGACACGCCCAUAAUGGCACUUUGAUUGGCAGGAAAAAACAGCCAAUCGCUGAUAACUUGACGAAUUAGCCUCGACCAAUAGCUAUUCUAAAAGGGCGGGUAUGAUUGUUAAGCGCACCGCAUCUUAUCUGCAAGCGACUAGACCUUAAAAGGGUGACCUCUUUUAUUCAUUCUUUUGCCGUUUAGUUGAAGAAUAUGCUAUUAUUACGUUGGGCAUGCUAAUUUAAUUUCCUCUUUUCAUCCCCUUCUCGAGAUUGAGAAAUCAAUGGUGCUGGUGUUGUGAUGUUGUGGUUUACAUGUUCUGCUUUUGUUGCAUCGUGACAUUUGAAAGAAUAAAUUAUGACAGGAACUCCCAAGAUGACACAAGAUGAGGAGGGCCUGAGGGACUCAAAGGCACGUUUCCAAAGCUACCUCCAUGGUGGGACCUCAAGCUUGUUCUCCACCCUGAUUGUCUUCCCGGUCUAUAAGACUGUUUUCCGCCAACAAAUCCAUAAUAUCCAGGUUCACAGGGCUGUAAAGCAGCUCCACAAAGAAGGUCUUGUGAAGCUCUACCGGGGGGUGACCCCUCCAUUACUGAUGAGGACACUCAGUGGAACACUGCUCUUUGGACUUCAGGAUACCUUCCUCCGCCUGCUAAAUCAGCCAUCCUUUAGUGCCAUUCCCGCCUCCGUUCUUCCUGCCGUGGCUGGUCUCGGUGUAGGAAUGGUCGAGGCGGUGGUCUUUACCCCAUUUGAGCGUGUCCAGAACGUGUUGCAGAGUGGGCACAAUGACCGCCGUUUACCAACGCUUAAAAGUGUUCUUGUUAAAUUGAAGGCUCAAAAGUUUGCUUCCGGCUACUACCGAGCUUUCCUACCAAUUGCGGCCCGUAACGCCUUAGGCAGCUCCCUUUAUUUUGGUUUGAAGGGGCCUUUGAGUGCCGCUGUGGCAGGGCAGGGGCUGUCUCCUUUAGCAUCUUCCUUCCUUUCUGGCACAUUGACUUCCAUGACCAUCAGCCUGACCUUGUACCCUCUGUCUGUGCUCGUAGCUAACAUGCAAGUGGAGGUGCAGAAUGAGGUGAAAGGGGUGAUGGCCUGCUGGAGGAUGCUAUGGAACUCCCGGCAGAGGAGUGUUCUAUUACUGUACCGAGGGGGUGCUCUGGUUAUUCUCAGAUCUUGUAUCACCUGGGGAAUCACCACAGCCAUCUAUGAUAGGCAGCAAAAACGCUCAUCUUGAACAGUUAUUGCUUUGAGUAAUACUCGUAAGUAAAUGAUUUGUAAUGUCAUUUCUGUCUAUUGUCACUAUUGUCAAUUUGAAUCAUACAUCAUUAGAAAAUGCAAUUUUGGGAGAAAUUUGCAUUGGCUGCCAUUGACGAUGCACGGAUUGGACGUCUUGCAGCGUCAAUGGCACUGAAAGAUGACCAUUCACAGCUAGGCCCCCCAGUUUUAAAGAACUGGACGUCUAUCUUUGUCAAUGGUGAUAAUGAGUUAAUUUUGCGUCACUUCCUUGUUGAUUUUAGGGAACUUACAGUUCACUUUCUGUUGAUAUUGAAUCACUUAUUUCCUGUUGAUUUUAAAGCAUUUCGGGGUCAAUUCUUGAUUUUGUGGCUUUUUUAAAUUAUUAUUAGACCCCUUCUUGUUGAUAUAAUCAGGUUAUUUUUUUCCCAAAGGAAAUAAACCGGGACAUUUUUGUCAAAUAUUUGGUGGAACUAUAAAUUUUAGGAUAUAAAUAUACAAAUUAUGUGUGUCUAAUUAACACAUGAAAUAUUUGAGAAAAUGAUCUGUAUUGGAUAUUUUUUUUAAAUGUAGGAUGAUGCAAUGUUUUUGCCAUUUAAAUUGGAUAGGGCUUUUUUUGUCGAAAAACUUUGUGCUGCAAGCAUAAAUUUGUGGGCUGAAAAGAGCUUAUAUCUUGUUAAUUUUCAGAACGUUGGAACAUUGUCGGAACAGUAACAAUCGGUCAAAAUAUGAAUAUUAUAUGUAGGAGCUUUGCUUUGCAAAGCAUCCCCACUAAAAUUAAAAUCACUGAUUCAGAAAUGGCACUAGAUGUCCCUGAAGCAGCAAACAAGGGGUGUCAUAAAUCACCACACGACACAAAAUAUGAAUAAAUAUGGUUAAUCAAUUAACUCAUUGGCUGCCAUUGAUGUGUUGGACGUCCAGUGUACAAUGUAGCAGUAAGUCAUAAACCCCAAGAAAGAAAAAAAAAAAAACAUGAAUCCAUGUUCCAUUUUUCCAAAUUGAAGCUUUGACAGGUUUGCACUGGAACUACGGGUGCUGUUGAUUCUCAUGUGCCUUUCAUUUUUAAAACAUACUGUAAACACAAGAAUCAGGACAACUGUACAACAUUGUCAGUGUAUUUUGAAGAAAAUAGGGAUAAAUGUUCAAUAGAUAAUGUUAAAAUUGUUGUGUGACGCAAAUGAAAUGGAUUAAAAGAGUGGUAAGUGAAUCCACAAAGGAGUUGUAUUCUUUGAAUGUAGGUUAAAACUAUCGCUCAACA